GCAGAUUACCUCCUCUCAGCCAGCCAGAGGGAGGAUUUCAUCUAACUAGCGUGUCUCCAUAUCUUGCAGCCACAAAUUUUUCCAGAUAUGCCCAUUUGACUUGAAUUUCUGUUUCCUUCCAUCAUGUUCCUCAUCAAUCAGUAUAUGGGAGGAGGACGAGGAGGAGGUGGUGGAGGAGGAGGAUUUUUUGGAGGGAUAAUCAGUGCGCUCAGUGAUGGAGCCUCAAACUACAGACCAGAUCCACAGCCACCACGCACUCAUUUUUCAAACGUUGAGGCAAAUGAGAGUGAGGAGGAAAGACAGUUCCGGCGACUGUUCAACCAGCUGGCUGGGGAAGAUAUGGAAGUCAGUCCCACAGAACUAAUGGGAAUCCUGAAUAAGGUGGUGGGAAGACACCAGGAUCUGAAGACAGACGGGUUUAGUCUGGAUUGCUGUCGCAGUAUGGUGGCCGUGAUGGAUAGUGACAGCACCGGGAAACUGGGAUUUGAAGAAUUUAAGUAUUUAUGGAACAAUAUCAAAAAGUGGCAGGGAGUGUACAAGAGAUUCGAUAUGGACCGUUCAGGAACCAUUGGUAGUAAUGAACUCCCAGGAGCCUUCCAGACGGCAGGCUUCAAGCUGAACCCCCAGCUAUAUCACAUGAUUAUCCGUCGGUAUUCCGAUGAGAAAGGAGAAAUGGAUUUUGAUAACUUUAUCUGUUGCUUGGUGCGUCUGGACGCCAUGUUCCGUGCAUUUCAAGCUCUGGAUAAAGAUGGAGAUGGUCAGAUUAAAGUGACAAUUCAGGAGUGGCUCCAGUUGACCAUGUACUCCUGAGCGUUCCACGAAGCAUGAAAGGUCUUCAAAUAUUUCUUGAUCACUCCCUCUGUCCUUGAUGAUGUAUACCGAUCUCGUUUUAUAUAUCUAUUGUACGGCAAGAGACUGUAAAGUUUUUCACGUUUGGUUUACAGAGCCGUACAAUGCAUCCAUACAGGAUUAUUGCUAUGUACUUCAUGUUACACAAAGGAAAUAAACUAUUACAUUCUGCUGUGUGA